AUGCCGAAUAAGCUCUUUGGUCACCUCUACAUAGCACUGGAGUUGAGGAGACUUUUCCCGACAGGGUGUCAUGGCCAGAUAUAUGCAGAAUACAUUCGAAUCAAGUAUUGCCUACCGUCCGUCUUCUACGUGGAUUGGCGACCUCUGGGCCCGUUGCUCCUUUGUAUUGCUGAUCCUGAAGUAGCCGCCCAGCCUGCAGUCACGACAUUAACACAGACUAAAGACGGCACAGUGAAAAAUAUUAUGAAGCGAAUCCUCGGAAAUCAGAACAUCAUCACUGCGCACGGUGCUGAAUGGCGAGCACUUAGAAAUCUGUUCAGUCCUGCUUUCCAGCCACAACACCUGAUACCGCUCACAGAUUCGGUGGUUGACUCGUGUCUCACUUUUUGUGACAUCUUGAGCGAGAAAGCCAAAAGCAACGACAUAUUCAGACUAAACGACACUACGCUUAGGGCCACUGUCGAGAUGAUAUGUGGAGUCAUCUUUGGCACCGACAUCGCCUGUCAGACGACAAUGCAUCCGAUGACGAGGCUGUUUCUCGAAAGAAUUGAGAUGAUGCCGAAUGCUUUUUUCCUGUGGGAAGAUUUCAGACCGCUUCGUCGGCUGAAAUUGGCGAUCAAUAAGGGGAGGCUGGACGCAUCCAUCAAUCAUGAAAUCGAUGCCUAUCUUGCCCGACGGCGUGCUGAGAAAGACAGUUGUUUUAACCAACCACCUACCUCACGGAAAUUCUAUGGAAAGGACGGCACAAGAUCCAUCAUCCAAUUGACCCUCAAUACAUUUGAGAAGGAGAGAAAUAUCCUCAUAACAGAUCCCGCAGAGAUGCCGGAUUCACUGCGAGUCGACGUCGUGGACUCAGUGAAGGCCAUUAUCUUUGCAGGUUACGAUGCGACGGGGGCCACUCUCUGUUGGAUUUUUUACCUGUUGCAUCGGUACCCACGCGUGCAAGCUAAGCUCAAACAAGAGCUUGAUGCCGUCUUCCCUGACUCGCCCGAGGGUACGGCUGCGGCAAUCAAGGCGGACCACUUCAUCAUCGGGAACCUGCCAUACACGUCAGCUGUCAUCAAAGAAACGCUGCGCCUGUUCCCGCCAGCCAGUGGUCUGCGAGCUGGAGGACAGCAGACUGAAACGCUGACGGACCCAAGAACGGGCGAAAGGUUCCCAAUGUGGCCGCAUUGUGCAGUCUGGCCAUGCGCACACAUGAUACAUCGGAACACGCGUUUCUACCCCGAACCUCUGCAGUUCAUUCCCGAAAGGUGGCUGCGAGCCGAGACACCUUUCCCAGAGUCUGAGCUGCUAACAUCCCCUGCCGGGAAGCUCGCUUUCCGUGCUUUUGGCCGAGGCCCUAGGGCCUGCAUCGGUCUUGAGCUGGCCAUGAUGCAGAUGCGAGUGGUGAUCGCCCUGACAGCGCGCCAAUUUGACUUCGUUCCUGAAUAUCCGGGCGAAAUGCCCGAUCCACAAUACCCAACACCAAACAGUUUAGUCGAUGAGGUGAGCGAGCUGAAUGACUACGGCAGGGGCAUCCGAGAAAAGAAGGUAAAAAGAGACCACAUUGAGGGCCAUAGGAUGUAUAUGCAGCUGGUGAUGAUCGGUAAACCCACUGGUGGAGCCCCAGGCCGCGUGUAUCUUAGAAAUAGUUCAACAUGA